AUGCAUCUUCACAAGUCCCUUCUCUCAGCCCUAUACCUCGGCGCGGGCGUGCUUGGUGCACCGACCGAGUUGAUUCGUCGUACGAGCAGGACUACUGCGCCCUCGGGCUGUUUGACGGUCGGAUCCAGUGGGAAAUACUCCACCAUCAGCGCUGCUAUCACUGCCCUUGGCUCUUCUUCAAAUGCUGCUUGUAUCUAUAUUGCCAGUGGCACAUACACAGAGCAGAUCACCGUUAACUACGCUGGUACUCUGACUAUUUAUGGUCAGACUACUGAUACGGGGACAUACAAGGACAACACUGUUACUAUUACCCAUACUAUCUCUUCGUCGGAGGCGGGUUCUCUGGACAAAAGUGCUACCAUCAAUGUAGUCUCGGAUGGAUUCAAGAUGUAUAACAUCAAUGUUGUGAAUGGCUAUGGAAAGGGUUCACAGGCUGUUGCACUCGUCGGAAACGCGGACAAGCUCGGCUUCUAUGGAUGCCAAUUUUCGGGAUACCAAGAUACUCUAUACGCCAAGGCUGGAACACAAUACUAUUCCAAUUGCAUGAUUGAGGGAGCUGUGGAUUACAUCUUUGGUGAUGCCUCCGCCUGGUUCGGUGAAUGCGACAUCGUCUCCAACGGCCCAGGAGCCAUCACCGCCAGCUCCCGCGAGACAACCACCGAUACUGCUUGGUAUGCGAUCGACCACUGCAAUGUCAAGGCUGCUUCCGGCACUAGCAUCGAUGGCGAUGUUUAUCUCGGUCGUCCAUGGCGCGUUCUGUCUCGCGUUAUUUACCAAAACUCUAACUUGGGUAGUCUGAUCAAUUCCGAGGGAUGGACUACUAUGGCAAACGGUGCUACACCGUUAUAUUAUGAGUACAAUAAUUCCGGAGAUGGGUCGAAUACUUCAGCGCGCAAGUAUGAGACUUCUAUCUCGGCUGGGGUAACAAAGAAAACUGUUUUGGGAAGUGACUAUGGUGAUUGGAUUGAUGCGAGCUAUUGA